AACGCACCUACAAUUCACAUACCAUGGUUCGCGCAAGUUCUGGAUGAGCUUAUAUAUAGGCAGGCUCUCCUGCACACCAGACUCCCGUUUCCUCUCCCCUUAAUCCAGCAACCAUCAUUUUCCUUCUUGUCUUGCCCGCUUAAACUACUCUUCGGACUACUUCAACGCCGUGUCCAUGCUAGAAGCGACUGCACUUAUGGCCCUCUCCGGCGCAGCGGCGUUCGUCAGCGCCUCUCCAAUUGUGCCCCUCUCGAUUCGAGAUUCGACGAGCUCUUUCCCGGCCAACUGCAAGCUGCUCUCCAAGCCGGCGUAUCUCGGCUUCAACACGUCUAGUAUCGGCAUCUACAACGAUGGCACCCCGCAACUCUAUCUAGGCUUUGAAGAAUCUCCUUACGGUGGUCUCGAAGAACUGCAGAGCACGCUCAAGGUUGCCCACUAUCCCUCCUUCUUCUUCCUGCCGUAUGGCUGCGACCACACCUACGAUGGCGGAGUGGGCAAAGGAUCCGUUCAAACAUACACCGGCUACCUCUCGGACCCCAUUAUCCCCGGCAACUGCAUUGGUGUCAGCGCGCUUAAGUCGCAAAAUGCCACGCUCGUCUCCUCGCCGUGCGACUUUUCGUCCGGUAGCGUGCAAGCCAGCCAGAAGUUCCAAUUCUCCUCCAGCACGUUCUUCAAAUACCAGGUCGUGUCCUUCCUCGGCGACAACGCGAGCCCGGCGAAUGCAGACUUCCAAGAGCAGCACACGGGCUACAGCUUUGCGGUCAGCGGCUACAAAUUCUACAUAAACUACGACCCUGCCAACAAGGCGCCCAAGGGACUAGCGUAUGAUUUGGCUUUUGACGAUGGCUGGACCCAACAGGCGAGCUACUCCCAUGACUUGGCUGGCUUGUGAGGCGGCACCUUGCAUGCCCAUUGCGCACCCCUGUAUAGAAUA